AAACACUACACUUAGAAACUAGAAUUUAUUUCUUGAGUUUCACUUAAAAAUCAAUUUUUUGAGCACAACAAAAUGCCCUGCAGAGUUGGCGACACAGAUUAUAUUUCGGCUCGUUUUCAGCCUAGUGUAAGAAUUGGAAAUUGGGUGGAAGAAAAUUGCCUAGAGGAGGACAAAAUAGUAAACUUCAAGAAGCAACGCGAUCGGGGCGAGCUCCUGGUGGAAAAGGCCCGCACUUUGUAUGACAACUUCCACAAGGAGGUCGUUUUGGCCGCCCCCAAGCAGACCAUUAUUUUCGGGGCCAUAGUGCAGCUGAUGCCCAUCUAUAUGAACAUCAGCGACAUGGACACAUCCGACCUGAAUGCUGCCUUGUCGGUGGUUAUCAACGAGAAGGUGGUGCGGAGGAGCCAGUCGAUUAACGAGCACUGCGAGCUUUCGGUGGCUCCUUCGAAGCGACCCUGUGUGCGAAACUCCUUCAUGAUUGUCAGCGGAGACGGCCGCGAUCGCACUGGGGAGAACAUCAAGUACGGGCAGCGGUUCCAGCUGCAGUGCAUGGCCUCCGACCACGACCCCAUCGUACUGUACAGUGGGCCCAAGCAGUGCAACCUGCAGCAGGGCGUCAACGCCACCUAUUUGUCCCACAAAAACGGGGAGCUCAACCUCAACUUGGGACUGGUGCAUCGCAGUAGAUUUGCCUGUCCGGACAACGAUUUACCCCUGGCGUAUACAAACUGGUUCUGCCGACACGUUGAUCCAAAGCAGCGUUUCGAAAGCGAGGGGGAAGAUAUACCUAGCAAUUCCCCCCUUGUGAUUGUACACGGAACCACGAAUCGAAAUCUAGCCGCCGAAAAUGUUUUAAUCCAAACCCUGUUUGGCCCCGAGUUUUUGGUGUCCGUGCAGAACUAUCGAAACAUCUUCAAGCACGAGAUCUGGAAGAACGUGUGGAUAAUCAGCAAUGGAUAUCAGACUGGCUCAAAAUCAGCAAAGUCUUCGUCUCACUGAGUCUUCAAAGGUUCAAAAAAGCUCGGAGGGCAUUACAUAUUCGUAAAAAAGGCCACAGCAAUCAUGUUUUAUUUGAACUUGAUUUUUAUGUGGCGAAAAUUUAAAUUUCGCACAUAAACUGUGCCUAGCCGAGCCCCUGCUGUUCUGGCCUAGAUAGAAAUUGGCAUUUGACGGGGUAAUUUGAAAAGAAAAUACCUUUAACUGGGACGGUAAUUAAGAUAAUGGCCAAAGAAGGUUGCAAGUCUAAGAGGGAAUAUUAGAAUCUAAAACUAACUAAACUAACUAUUUAUAUUCAAAAAAUAAGUCGUACAUGUACACAAGUCCCAUAUAAUAUAUUUGGAUUUACAAAAAUUAAUAAAGUAAGGAACAUGACCCCC